AUGAGGAAAGCUGAUGGUACUGCUGUAAGUGCUACUACGAAGAUGGUCAACAUGGCUGUUUGUCAUAUGUUUGAAGAGAUACGUUAUGAGCUCAAUGGUGUAGAAAUCGACAGAUGUAAGAAUGUGGGUAUCACCAGUGUUAUGAAAGGAUACGCUUCUCUGAGUCCGGGACAACAAAAUAUUCUGGAAAAUGCUGGUUGGAUUGUUAAUGAAGAUGACAACAAGCUGACUGAUAAUAGCGGUUACUUUGAUGUCUCAGUACCGCUGAGUUUCAUUCUUGGAUUUGCUGAAGAUUAUCAACGAAUUAUCGUGAAUGCCAAGCAUGAAUUGAUACUGAUCAGAUCAAACACUGAUCAAAAUGCUUACGUUGUUACCGCUGCAGCACCUGACAAUGUUACAAUUACAAUCCAAAAAAUUGAGUGGAUUGUACCGUAUAUAACAAUGUCUGACAAGCAAAAAAUCGAGGUGUUGAAUUACAUAACCUCUGAUCCAGCUAUCCCAAUCAGUUUCCGGACUUGGGAAUUAUAUGAGUAUCCACUGCUACCAGCUACCAACAAGCAUAUUUGGGUAAUCAAAACAACCAACCAGCUUGAGAAAGCUCGUUUUGUCAUCCUUGGAUUCCAAACAGCAAGAAAGAAUCAAUCGAAUCAAAACGCAAGCGAGUUUGAUCACUGCAGUAUAAGAGAUAUUAAGCUGUUCUUGAACUCUCAGAGUUAUCCAUAUGGAAAUUUGAACCUCAACAUUGUGCAUAAUCAGUAUGCCUUGAUGUAUGAUAUGUACACAAAUUUUUAUAGUGCUUACUAUGGGAAAGAAGCUGAACCGCUAUUGGCUAAGAAGAAUUUUCUGAAUACAGCACCUCUAUAUAUAAUUGACUGUUCCAAGCAGAACGAGUCAAUCAAGUCUGGACCUGUGGAUAUACGCCUGGAGUUUGAAUCGUCAGCACAGUUUCCAAAUCAAACUGCUGCUUACUGUUUAAUAAUACAUGAUCGCAUCAUUGAAUACAAUCCAAUCAGCAGCACUGUAAGAAAACUUACGUAG